CUCGGCUGGAGAGCAUCGUUUUUGGUGGCUCCUGAUUCGUUUCCUCCGUCUCACUCCUACUCCUCGGCUGCCCCCAUUCUUCUCUGGAUAUUUUUCUUUUUCAUCUUCUUUGAGUUGGAGGGCUUGAUUUUAGGGGGGACUGCUCGAUCGGCAGGGUUAAUUCCGAUCUCUUUAACCUUCCCGGAUCAGAGCCGGGAUCAGUAUUAGGCUUUUUGCUAGAAGCACAAAACAAAAGGAAUGCUGGAAGAUGUGCUUCUAUGAUAGAGAGCUACCUUGUGUGGGAAUUGGAAAGGUAGCUCAAAAUAUUUAUGCUUUGUGUGCUCUUGAUGAUAGUGAAGUACGGGUUUAUGCACAGCAAGUGCUCCUUGUGCAUUUGCACGAUGGGGCUAGAUGUGGCAGUUCAACCAUCAUGUUAGAUUACCAUCUUGUUGGGGACGGUUGAAAUUAUUUUUCAUUUAUUGCCUCUCUCAUCUGAUACUCCCUCAUCAAUCAUCAUCACUAAGUUACAUGAUUAGUGCUUUCUGAAUACAUAAGGCAUUUGAUAAGAUGGUAGAACAAAAGGGGAAUAUUUUGAUGAAGAGAUAUGAGAUAGGAAAAUUACUUGGGCAAGGAAGUUUCGCUAAAGUUUACCAUGGCCGUAAUAUUAAGAAUUCACAAAGUGUUGCAAUCAAGGUGAUUGACAAAGAAAAGAUAUUGAAAUGUGAGCUUAUGGAUCAAAUAAGAAGAGAGAUUUCAGUGAUGAACCUAGUAAGACAUCCGUGCAUUGUUCAAUUGUAUGAGGUGAUGGCUACCAAAACUAAGAUAUAUUUUAUCCUAGAGUAUGUGAAAGGGGGAGAGUUAUUCAACAAGGUUCGACGUGGAAGACUAAAGGAAGAAGUUGCACGGAAGUACUUUCAGCAGUUAAUUAGUGCUAUUGACUUUUGUCAUAGCAGAGGGGUUUAUCAUCGUGAUCUAAAGCCAGAAAACCUUCUUCUUGAUGAAAAUCGAAAUUUGAAAAUCUCAGACUUUGGUUUGAGUGCACUUGCAGAAUGUAAGAGACAAGAUGGGUUGCUCCACACAACUUGUGGAACUCCUGCAUAUGUUGCUCCAGAAGUGAUUAACAGAAAAGGAUAUGAUGGUGCAAAGGCUGACGUAUGGGCUUGUGGAGUGAUUCUUUAUGUACUAUUGGCUGGUUAUCUCCCAUUUCAAGAUAAAAAUGUGAUAAACAUGUAUAAGAAGAUAUGCAAAGCGGAAUUCAAAUGGCCAAGUUGGUUUUCUUCUGAUAUCCGAAAGCUUUUGCGACGUAUUCUUGAUCCAAACCCUGCGACACGGAUCUCAGUUUCAGAAAUUAUGGAAGAUCCUUGGUUUAGAGUAGGUCUUAAUUCAGAUCUACUUAACAAGACCAUACCAACAGAUAAAGUUGAUAAAGUUGUGCAUGUUGACAUGGAUUCAACAUUUGGUAAUUUAAGCAACAAUAUAAAUGAAGGAAAACAAGAAGCAGAAAAUCUUACUAGCUUGAAUGCUUUUGAUAUUAUUUCUCUUUCAUCAGGAUUUGAUCUUUCUGCUAUGUUUGAAGAUGAAAACAGCAAAGAGGAAUCAAAAUUUACAUCCACUAACACAGCUACGACAAUCACCAAAAAGCUUGAGGAUGUUGCGAAGAAUUUACGAUUAAAAUUCUUGAAGAAAAAUGGUGGUUUGUUAAAGAUGGAAGGAUCAAAACCUGGAAGGAAAGGUGUAAUGUCCAUCAAUGCUGAAAUAUUUCAGAUCACACCAGAUUUUCAUUUAGUGGAAUUUACGAAGAUAAAUGGUGAUACACUUGAGUAUCAAAAGGUCAAACAAGAGAUGAGACCAGCACUAAAGGAUAUUGUAUGGGCUUGGCAAGGUGAGCAGCCACAACCACAAUCAUUGAACGAACAGUCUUAAUGUUAAAUAUUUUGACAAGUGAAAUGACAGUAGAGAUUGUGGCAAUGUGUUGAUGUGUUGUAUGUGCUAUUAGUAAUCAAUAAUGUACUUUUCUAAAAAAGUUUGUCAUUUGAUUUUUCAUUAUCAUGUGUUCAGUAUGAAACGAUAAUUGUAUUGACCAUUUAAUUGAAAACAUGUUUUAUUCACUUUGCCAUGUGUUCUAAAAUAAGUAUGGAAGUCACUAAAAUAAAAGCUUGAGUAUUUAGAGUUUGGGUUAUAUAGAAAUCAUAGGUGAACUUUUGUAUCAGUACAAAUUGUAUUCUUUUUGUUUGAGUCUAAUCUCUUUGCUACAAUAUUAGCUAUAGCUGUAAUGACACUGACAAAUAUCAUAGUCCGUUCAGUAAUCAUAUUUUGAGGAAAUUUUUAUAAAUCUCCUUUGGAUGGCUAAAGAUGACCUAUGGUUUUUUUUCCUUGGGAUAUUUCUUUUCCAUUACUUACAUUAGAAUAAACCUAGACAGUAUGUCUAUAUUCCAAAUAAUAUAUGUAUGGGACAAGUUAUUAACCUUGGUGCUGAAAUAAUUAGAAUGGUGCUAAAUUAUUGAUAAUCCACAUUUUGCUAUGGUUGCUUUUAAAUUCAAGCUGGCAAGCAUAAUUCAUGCUGCAAAUAUAUUUAUCCCGAAAUAGGUGAUAUAAUAUAAUACUACACUACGCUAUACACAAAAUCUAGUUGUCAGAUUGGACAAUCACCAACAUAACCAAUGAUUUGUAUGUUUCAUUUUGUUCCCCCUCUUUCAAUCGAUGUUGUGGCCAGCCGUUUGUUCCAAUCUUACAAACUGAUGCUGCAUUUAACUAUUGAUUUCACUGAGCUAAACUGAUGCAAGGCUAGACCCAUAGGCAAGGAAUGACUAUUGAAAUGUGAUUGAUUCAUAUGCAAGGUUGAAGCUUCAUCGAAAUGCCAAACAAAUACUGAAUGCCAAACAAUGGGCGAUUCAAGCAGUCUGAUGUACUACCUCCGUCCUAAAAUAAGUGCAGUCGUAGAUAUUUGUGCUCAACGUUUGACCGUCCGUCUUAUUUAAAAAAUUUGUGAAAAAUUUGAAAAUAUUUAGUCACACAUAAAGUACUAUUCAUGUUUUAUCAUCUAAUAGCAAUAAAAAUACUAAUUAUAAAAAAAAAUAAAUAAGACGAACGGUCAAACGUUGAACGUGAAUAGUGCAAAACUGUACUUAUUUUGGGACGGAGGGAGUAUUACGGUACACCAUUUGUUUCAGCAUUUCAUUCUGCUAGCGACGAGGAACACUCUAGAAGUAUCUAGAAUUUUACAGCUUGCUGAAAUUACAAGCUACUAAUUCCUUCGAAUCCCGGAUCCAUCUGUGUGUUACAGCCACUCGCCACCUUGAUUAGUGGCGGGGGCAGAAUGAUUUGGGGGAUUUAAUGAUAUGCAAGUCAGCUGAAAAUAUCAAGCUUUUGAUGGUGGUGGUUGCUGCUUAGCUAAUUGACAAUACAUUUGUUGGUGCUCAAAAGUUGCAGCAAAAGCCAAGAAGAGGCAUGUGUUGAUGGGUGCUGCACUGGCCCAGGUCAGGUGAGCUACAGCAAUCGGAAAAUCCUCGGUUGCUGGCUGGAAAGAUUUUUGUUGAGCUCGCCCUGUUGUCCAUGGCUAAAAAGAUGGUUGCAAUUUCGGUUGGCUGGAGCAACUUGCUUCCUGAUGUAUGCCUCAUAGUAUAACCUUUGCUUCUCCGGUUUGUACCCAAAGAUAUUGUGUGCAGGCAAAAGCAAAUGAGAGUAGCUGGUUAGAGUGUGUAUGGUUUAUCUUAA